UAGUAAAAUAAAUAAACUUUAAAUACAAAUCAGGAUUAUCACGGACAGGAUGCCGGCCAAGAAGAGAACUGCAAGCGGCGCGUCCACCAGCAAGCGAGAUAGCGAUAGUGCCCCAAUGAGUCCAGCCGUCAAUGAUCCAGAGUACCAACGGAAAAGACAGAAAAACAAUGAGGCCGUGCAACGCACACGCGAGAAAACAAAGAAAUCGGCCGAGGAGCGGAAGAAGCGCAUAGACGACCUGCGACGCGAAAACGACACCCUAAAGGUCCAAAUCGAGCAGGGCGAGAAGCAUAUAUCGACACUCCGGGAUUUAAUCAUCCAAGGCGAAAAGACGGAGGACGGCCACCGCAUCAUUGAGGAGAUACUCGCCGGACCGGAUCCCGAUGACAAUGACUAAUGAGGAGCUGCUUUUGAUCUACUUUAUACUAUUCACCUGUUUUUAAGGCCUUUUCCGUUUCGAUUCCUUAUAAGUUUACUAACGUCAUGUAUGUUCUAAGCGGAUUUCCCGGGCAUAAUACGAAUAUACUUAGUUUUAACCCUAACUAUAAGUUAAAUAGUAAGUUUAUGAUUGCCCCAUAACGAUCAAUUAAUGUUAAUAAAUCUAUAUGGGUCAGCUACAUAAAUGUA